GCAGGCAGCAUGUCGGCGGCUCCCGCUCGCUUUUCGUGCGCUUUUCUCUCGGCUUUUCUCAUUGUGUCUGCAUGUCACUCUGUCCAAGGACGGAAACUUUUGGUGUUUCUCAUCGACGGUUUCCGUUAUGACUAUAUUGACGAUUUGCAGAAUUUGCCCGGAUUUAAAGAAAUCGUGAAUAACGGAGUGAAAGUGGACUACACGACUCCAGACUUUCCAAGUCUGUCCUAUCCCAACUAUUACUCCCUAAUGACUGGUCGGCACUGUGACAUACACCAAAUGACGGGGAAUUUCAUGUGGGAUAAAGACUCCAUGAAGGAAUUCUUGAUUGGAGCCAACCCAGACAGCCGCUUACCGAUGUGGUGGGACGGCUCUGAGCCUCUCUGGGUGACCAUGCAGAAACUGGGCAAGAAAGUCUACAUGUACUACUGGCCAGGUUGUGAAGUGGAGAUUCUUGGUAAACGGGCCACAUUCUGCGAGCAAUAUGUUUCCAGUCCAUCAAUGAAAAAUCUAACAGAUUCAAUUGAGAAUGCACUAAAUGUGCUAAAGAACGGUAAGGCGGACAUGGCUGCUGUGUACUAUGAGAACAUUGAUGUGGAGGGGCAUCACUUUGGUCCUCAGUCACAGGAAGUACAGAGGGCUGUCCGCUCACUGGAUGUGGCAUUCCAGACACUAAAUCAGAAAAUCAAGGAGAAAAAGUUGCAAGAUGAGCUGAACAUCAUGAUGUUCUCAGACCAUGGAAUGACUGAUAUCGAGUGGAUGGAUAAGGUUAUCGAGCUCAAAGCUUACAUAAACGUGUCCAGUGUUUUAAAAAUGAUGGACAGAGGGCCAGUGGUCAGUCUGUGGCCUAAACCAGGCAUGCUUGACGAGAUAUACAGAGCCUUGCAGGCAGCACAGCACAUGAAAGUGUAUCAGACACAUGAGAUUCCAGAUCGCUAUCACUACAAGCGUGGAAAAUUUGUUCCUCCAUUAACUCUUGUUGCUGACCCUGGAUGGUUCAUCACUGAGAGCAAAGACAAGCUGCCCUUCUGGCAGAAUGGCACAGGAGAGGCCAAGGGCUGGCAGCAUGGCUGGCAUGGCUAUGACAAUGAGUUCCUGGACAUGAGAGGAUUCUUUUUGGCUCAGGGACCAGUCUUUAAGAAGAAUUUCCGGGCAGGGCCAAUCAGAACGGUGGAUGUUUAUAAUUUGAUGUGUACAACUUUGGGCAUCCAGCCGCUGCCCAACAACGGCUCCUGGUCUCGAGUGGAGUUCAUGCUGAUAGCCUCUGCUGAGGCUGUACAUCCAAUACUGCUUUACAGCUUUGCACUCGCAAUGUUGGUGCUAAUGCUGUCUGCUGGCAUCUAGAAACAACACAUAGCUUCACAUCCAACUGUACAUUUACACUGGCUUUUGCUUAAUGCUGUUUUAUGAUAAAUAGAAGAACUGUGGCAUGCAAAAAACACUACAUAAAAUAUAUUGUUUUAAACAGUUGUUAUACAGAAGUGACAAAUGAAAACAAAGAGUAAGUCUUUUUGUGCCGAGAUUUCGUCACUAUGAGCGAAAACAGCUUUAUUGUACAUUUGGUAUAGAUUCUACAGUCUCUAGAUCUGUACUGGAGAAAUUGAAACCUUUCUUUUAUUGGCGAUGUGAUCAUGUGGGUAAAACGCCAAUCCAAAACCUCCCUCAGCAGUAUAAUUGGGUUCAGAUUUGGUAACUGUAAGGCUCAAGCAUAUGAUUUUAAUAUUUUUACAUAUUUAAUAAGCUUUUCAUUAACCUCUAAUGUUAUGAAUAGAGGAAUUGGCAUUUGAUGUUUCAUGAUGUUGAACAGGUUUAAUCUGAAUCAUUUUGUAUUGAUUUUUAAUGUUUUAAUGUUUCCUUAAAGAGGAACUAAAUCAUGCCGGAAAAUACAUUCCCCCAUCCCACAACUGCACAGUGUUUCUCUGCUUAUUUAUAAUUCUAUAAAAAAGGAUACCUGUCUGUUUCAGUGCAGUCGGUCACAACAUGUGACAAAAGCAAUGUAGAAAAUCUAUAUUGAAGCAGUUAAUUCAAAUAAAUUAAAUUAAAAAGCAGUUUUUGCCAGUUACAGCUUUAGAAUGUAGCUGUUGUAGUUUAAGCUACCAUAAAAACUAAAUACAAUUCAAAUGAAUAAUUACUGAUUUAACAAUUAUGUGCACCAUAUUUAAAGUCCAAAGAUCUUUUUACUGAGACACUGUAAUAAAGCACACUUUUAUGUGUAUAUUUUAUGUGUAUACCCCAAAGCACUAUAAUGAAUGUAAAGAAAUAUGUUUAUUAUUUUUAUAUUUCAGUGACAUACUUUCCUAUUGUCAUUCUUAAUUUCUGUAUGAAUCUGGAAUCAGUGAUGUGGUUUUCUCAAUAAAAUACAAAU